AUGCUUCCUCAAAUGGCCCCUCUGAACCAGGGGACAUCAGCCUACCACCACAUCCAUGCAAUCUACACACGCGAUCCGACACAAGGGACGCUGCUCGGGGCGACCGGCCACCGGGCAGAGGAAGUGAAGGCCUCAUGGCGCGGGUUCCUCGACUACGCGAUCCUCCACGACCGACGAAACGAGUACUUCAUCCAGACGGGCGGGGUGCGCAUCCAUGUCUUCGAGAUCUACCUGAACAAUGUACUGCGCGAGGCAGCGGCCGACUCGGCAAGCGUGAUCUCCGACCUGCUUGUGCCCGAACGACCCGCGAGGGGAUUCCAAGGCACGCGGAUGCGCGUGUACGAGGUGAAACUGGCCACGGAGCACCAGGUGCGCGGGGUUCUCAUGGACAGGAUCGAGGGAUGCGCAGAGGAAAAGGCCCUGUGCGACUGGGCGGGGAGGUUUCUGGUAUCUCACGCCAGACUGGAAGCCACGGCGGUGCCGUACUCGGAGCAGGACGACGAGGCGGCCGUGCUGGCGGUGCGAAUCACGCAUCUGUUCGCGCGUACGCUGAUGUACACGAUGAAGGAGAUGGACACCAAGGGCAACACGCCUGAUCGGUGGGAACAGGGCGGGUUCGACGCGUUUGCGCGGCAGGUCUUCUUCUUCACCUCGCGCGGCCUGCGCGUCGAGUUCGUCCUGCCUGCGUUUCCGUGCAAGUCGAGCAAUCUCAAUCGCGUCUCUGGGUAUGCGCCUGACAAAGCCGAGGAGAUCGCCUUGCGCACCCUGUGGUGGUUCACCAUGGACGUCGAGGAGUAUUAUCCGCCGGGGGCGAGAAUCACCAUUGUGUCGGACGGUAUUGCCGUUGCUGACUGCCUUGGCAUGCACGACGAGUUCGCAGACCAGUACUUUGCCCACCUGAACGUGCUGAAAGAAGAAUACUUUCCAUCCGAUCCACGGAUCGAGCUGAUCUCUCUGCACCAACUGCUCGAGGAUAAGAACGGCAACGCGGCUCCGAACAACCUGCCAAUCGACCUACCAAGCUACACCGAGACGACGACCACCGAGGCCGCCGUGAACGUGCGCAAGCUGGUCAUCGCCACCGCAGGGAUCGACGACAGCGCGAUGCGCAAGGCGAUGGAGGGCGCCGCGCAGGUGAAACGCAACAAGGAAGCCGCCGUGGCAGCGAUGCGCAAGCUCCAGAGGCAACGACAGCUCGACGGGGGAACAAGCAGAAGAAGCACCAAGAAGAUGGACGAGACAGCAUGGAAGCUACACCAGACCAUCAGGCAGGACCAGACGGCCGACGAGGCCUUUGCAGCCAUGUACACAGACUACGUGCGGUUCCACAUGGAGGAUCUCGCCGACAACCCCUUACGCAAGCUGCACCCUGCGCACCGGCAGCGCCUGGCGUCGAGUAUCGGGUGGGAAAUGAUUCUGCGGCACCAGGCGAUUUCGAACCUGCUGACGGUCUUGUUUCCGCACGCGGUGCGGUUCAGCGUGCACGCCCUGCCGAACAACGGCCCUGCGUUUGCGGUCGACAUCAUGUCCCGGUACAGAUACCAGGUCAGCGCGGUGCGGGCGGUGCGCGACUUUGCCCCCGUGGACCGGAAGGGGGUUCUUCAGAUCCCCGCGCCGUGGAACGGAUGUAUUGCUAAGAUCCACGGGGCGGCGAAACACAUGCUGACGACGUCGGGGGCAGUGCGCGACAGUAUCGCCGAGGGUGCGUUUCUAUGGGAAUGGACUCACGACGGCGGGCCCGCGGGCACGAAAUGGUUCCGCCUGCAAUUCACCCGCACCGAGGCAGAACAUGCUUGGGCGAAGAAGUAUGGCGCCGAGCAGUGGAAGGCCCUGGUGACCGGGGUGGGCUUUGGCGAGUUGAGGCGGUUUCGUCGCGAACCGCUUAUUGUCGAGGAACAUGAAGAGCCGGCGCCCGUGGUGCUUCUCUCGAGGAAGAAGAAGCUCAAGCUCAGGCUGGCCAGGAAGGGCAGGAAGGUCAAGCAGAUCCUGGGCAUGUCGUGGAAGGGGUUCUGUCGCUUUACCAAGGGGAUGUGGAACAAUGCUGUUGCUGGGUCGGAGGUUGUUUUGGAUUUGAAUGAUCUUUUGACUGACUGA